AUGCAGGGUGGUCAACCCCAAACCCUCUUCCCCCAAGAAAAGUCAUCAACUACAUCUCAGAAGGAUUUGCAUGCAGGGGUUACAAGCUCAGCAAGGGGGGAUAAUAUCAUUGCGACAGUGAACUCCGAUCACAAGGAGGCAAGACAGUGUUAUAAUGCAGGAUUAAAGGCCCAUCCGUCAAACUUGUAUCCAAUCCAGCGAAUCAACUUGGUUUAUAACUUUGACGACGUACCAACAUUAGCGGAGCUCGAUCCUAGGUCCGACAGAGAUGUGAAACACAAAGGCUAUAACCAGAUACUAAUGCACCUCGAUGACCAGGAGAAAAUAACAUUUAUCAUAGAGCAUGAAAAUUUUUGUUACAAUGUGGUGCCUUUUGGCCUUAAAAAUGCAGACGCAAUAUAUCAGAGACUAAUGGACAAGGUUUUUCAAAACCAAGUAGGUAGAAAUAUGGAGGUAUACGUUGAGGACAUGGUGGUCAAAUCAAAAAAUAAACGGAACCAUCACUCCGACCUUGAGGAAGUUUUCAAACAACUAAGACGGUACAACAUGCGUUUAAACUCGAAAAAAUGCGCCUUCAGAGUGCAAGGGGGCAAAUUCCUCGAAUUCACGCUGACGUACAGGGGGAUUGAAGCUAAUCUAGAGAAAUGCCGAGCAGUACUAGAAAUGAAGUCUCCAAAAAAGAUCAAGGAAGUACAACAAUUAACUGGACACCUGGUAGCUCUAUCACGUUUCUCACCUACGGCUGCAGUGAAAUCAUAUCAGUUUUUCAAUAGUCUAAGAGGGAUAAAAGCUUCACAUGGAUGGAUGCUUGUGAAAAAUCAUUCACCGAUUUCAAAGGCAUUCUUGUCUCCCCGCCUAUACUACGCAAGCCGACGCAUGAACGUAGAAACUUGGUAUCCAACUAUCGAAAAACUAGCAUUUGCCCUGACCAUCACAUUGCGAUGCCUCCAUCAUUACUUCCAGAGCCGCCUAAUCAAAUGGUUGAUAGAAUUAUCGGAGUAUGGCAUAUCAUAUCAAUCCAAAGAGGCACUUAAGUCUCAGAUUUUGGCCAACUUCAUAGCUGAAUUCACCACAAAUGAUGAUAUCUUCCUGGUGUGGGAACUAUAUAUUGACGGAGCCUCCAAUGAAGACGGAUGUGGAGCAGGAAUCAUUCUUAAAGACAAGACUGGAGUAUAUGCCGAGCAGUCCAUCACAUUCUUGUUCAAAACAAGCAAUAAGCAAUUUGAGUAUGAAGCCUUCCUAGCCGGUUUACGCUUGGCUAGGGAAGCAACAGAUUGGAGAACACCUUAUGUGGAUUAUUUGAAAUCAGGGAACGUCCCUGCAUCUAGAACAAACCCAAGGUUGUUCAAGAGAAAGGCGAGCCAUUUCACUUUAAUUGGAGACGAUCUAUACAAGAGAGGAUUCUCCAGAAUGCCCCUGAAGUGUCUCAGAAACAAAGAGUCCGACCUUGCCAUGUCGGAAGUGCACGAAGGGAUUUGUGGAACACACAUCGGAAAACGCAGUUUAGCUGCAAAACUUCUACGAGCAGGCUAUUUUUGGCCUUCUCUAAAAAAUGACUGCAUGAAAAAAGUUCAGCACUAUGACAAUUGCCAAAAGUGUGCACCGAAAAUUCUCACUCCUGCCGAGCUAUUGCAUAUCUCCGAAAUCACUCACAAACUGAAGGUUAUAGAAGGCUUAGAGAAGAAGGGGUUGAAUUUAUGA